GUGAGGAGCAAAGUGCACGGAAAGUCCCUUUCCCCCCACAUUUGGCAGGGUCAGAUCGAAAUAGCAGGGGGUGGAGAAUCCUCUGCUGAAUAAAUCCAUAGUAGGAGGAUUAUCAUCCCUUUUGCAAGGUUUUCAGCUCCUGGAAGUGCCAUGACAAAGGGGCAAGAUGCAGUCAAGGACCUGAGACUUCUCUUAGAUGCACGUCGCCUUUCAGAGCACUGAUUCCUGCUGUUUGGAUUUAACACUACAUAACAGCUCUUAUGUGCCUUUCACCUGUGGAUCACUGAGCAAGUACCCAUUGGACCCAGCAUACAAAACAUCCUGAUGGGAUCAUUCCCUGUAACACCAUUGUGGUUUCUGUUCCUGUCUCUGCAGAUUUUCUCUCCUUUGUCAAAUGGUGUUAGCCGUACCAGUUGGUCAUGUGGUCCCAAUAAUGUUCUAUAUGUGAUAGUGACCUGGUGUGAUCCGCUCUGCCUAGAUGAAAAUUUCAGCGAUGCUGUCAGAAUCGACAAUACAGCCAGAACAUUUCUCAGUAAUGAUGCAAGCCUUUGUCUCAGUAUUUAUCAACAGGAUGUCAUUGUGCGCAUAAAAAACACAACACAGUUGGAAAAGAAAAUCUACAGAAUUUUGAUCGCAGGGAGCAAACCGACUGUAGAAAGGUAUCUACGAGUGAAGUUUACAGCUCCUCCUGAUAAUACCAAGGAUGACAUCAGUACACAGAACAUUAUGUGCCAAAUAACCAACAUGAUUCCGGAUGGCUUCUUCCCUACCUUACCUGAAAAUGAGACUCGGGCAGUUGCCACGCAUGCCUAUCACAACAGUGCUGUUCCAGAGAAGAUUAUAGGCAUAACUGAACCAGGACCCAUGGUUGCUGUUGUGGUAGUAAUCUUGGUAAUUCUAGGUGGUGUGGUGUACAGCCUUCGACACUUCAAAAGACAGCCAGGCCAGGUUUUAGCUGAACAGAAUUUGGAAGCAAAUGUACCAAUUUUCUCAGAAUUGUUCAAGAAAUCCUAG